AUGCCUCUCAAUAAAUCUUCCUUCCGACGAACGGGGGCUAAGUUUUCGGCGCGUGAGUCAGGUGUCGCGAGUAAACAGACGGAGGGCUGGUCGUCGUCCGACGAGCCGCCGUCCCUCGUCAAUAUAUGGAGCGGACCAGUGGCGCGAACAUUCGCGGCACGUCCUUUGUUGGCCGUUUUGUUUUGGAGUACCAUCCGGUUCCUGGUGGUGGGGCAGGGGGGACAGGUGCGCGCCCGCGGCGUUCGUGCACGUGUGCUGUUUGUGAGUGCGCCGGCGCUGCCACUGCACUGCCUCCGUGACACCAAUGAUCCGUGGAUAUCUUUGCCUGAGCUACUGAAAAAAAUCAAAUUGAAUAAAAAUGAAGCGAAAAGAAAAAGGUGUCAAGCAGAAAGAGACGAAACAGUUUUUUAA